CUAACCCCGGAAGUGACCGCGUCAGAGGAGCUAACUGCUGAAACUACAACAUUUAAACCGAAGUCACUGUUUUGUGUCACGUUGACUUCGUGCAAGCUGCAGUCUGACACAUGUCUUCGUGUAAUCGGUCGCUUCUGAGUCCCGUUUAACGUCUCCAGCCCUUAAUGAAUGGGAGCUGGUAGCAUUAGCUCGUUAGCUCGUCAUUAGCUGGCGGUUGUUUGAGAACUAUCGGUGUUUAGUCUCAAAUCAAAAUGUCGGCGGACACCGGGAGAAGCUGGAUGUUGACCGGGGCCACGGUGGCGUGUGUCACCGCACUGUACGUGCCCUGUGUCCAGAGGACGGUCCCCGGGGGAGACUCAGGAGAGCUGAUCACCACUGCUUGUGAGCUGGGGGUGGCUCAUCCCCCAGGAUACCCUCUCUUCACCCUGCUAGCUCGCCUGGCCAUGUUCUUGCUGCCGUCCCUCUCUCCAGCCCACAGCGUGAACCUGAUGGGUGGUCUGCUGGGGGCGGCAGCUUGUGGUGCCCUCUGCAUUACUGUCUGCAGGUUGGCAGGUCCUGGUCCUGGCGCAGUGCUGACCGGAGGCCUGUUUGCUGUGUCCAGGCUGAGCUGGCAGUGGUCCAUGGUGGCAGAGGUCUUCACCCUCAACAACCUUUUUGUUGGUCUGCUCUUCUUCUCCAUCGCCAGCUUCCACUGUGCUCAAGACGCCAGGACGAGGUCAAAGAUUGCACAUUGGGCGGCGCUAUGCUGUGGCUUGGGGCUCUGUAACCAGCACACCCUGGUGCUGUAUAUACUGGUCGUCAUUCCCUGGGUCUUUCACCGACUCCACUCUCAUCAGGAGCUGUCAUUACGUGUCGCUGUAUCUCUGGGAGUGUGUUUCCUCGCCGGCUUCCUGCCGUACAUCUACCUUCCUGUCUCCUCCUACCUCAACACAGCCCGGUGGAGCUGGGGCGAUCAGACCACUCUGUCAGGCCUGCUGGCUCACCUGCUGAGGGCUGAGUACGGCACCUUCAGCCUGGCAAAGACUGAGGGCUCUGUGAACAUCACCACUAUGCUACAGGCCCAGAUGGACCACUGCCUUGCAGACCUCUCCAUUCCCGUUUUGGUGCUGGCAGGAACAGGCCUUCUCCUCUCGGCGUGGGACAGGACGUGUCGCUCAGUGUCCUGGCUGUUUGCUGCCAUGUUGGUGGUCUACUCACUGUUUUUUGCCUGGAGAGCUAACCUGGACAUCAGGAGACCCCUGCUGCUCGGAGUGGUUGAGCGUUUCUGGCUGCAGAGUGAUGCUGCAGUGUGUGUGCUGGCCGGCCUCGGCUUGAAGCAGACUCUCACCGAGCUGGAGAGGAGGCUGGGCCUUGGGGGAGUGUGGAAGACCACCGGCUGGGUCCUCACUGUGGCUCUGCUGGGACAAAUGCUGCACAACAAUCACAGGGAGUGCGAUCAGAGCAGGAACAGUGUGGUGGAGCGGUUCGGCAGGGAGCUUCUGGGCUCCGUCCCAAAAGACUCCAUCAUCCUGACCAGAGGAGAUCUGCCUGGAAACUCCCUGCGCUACUUAUACUACUGCCAGGGUGUGAGGCCUGACGUCCGACUGGUUGACCAGGAGAUGAUGACAUACACUUGGUAUGUGGCCAAGCUGGGGCAGCACUACCCCGGGGUCCACUUCCCCGGCCGCUGGUGGGACCCGGUGCACCCGGAGGAGAAAGACACCUUCAAUCUGGAGCAGUUCCUGUCCCACAACACGCAGAGGGAUGUUUUCGCCUGCAUUGGGCUGCCCGAUGGAGACCCGAGCUGGGAACUUAGCUUCACUCGCUGGCCCAUGGGUGUGUGUGAAUACUUGGUGCCGAAUCAGAGGCAGUUUAACCCUGAGGAGUGGGCUCAACGCACGAGAAGCGUCUACAACUGGAGCGAGCCACACAACAGUUUCCAUCCUGCAUCCUGGGAGCGGGUCGCUAACGAGGAGAUGUGGCAGGCCAGGAUGAAGACGGCUUUCUUUCUGUUUGACCUGGCAGAGAGAAUGCAGGGAGAGGGGAGAGCUCGCCUCUUUGAGCUGUCUUACACUCUGUAUAAGGAGAUUGUGGAGACCCACUCGCACUACCCUCCGAACUGGGACAAGAACUUGGCACUGGCCUGUGAGAGGUUGCUCCGCUCGGGUCACCGCGGCUACACUCCAGACAGCCUGCUGACCUGCAGUACCCGGCACUUCAGUCUCUACCUGGAGAAGGAACCCACAGAUCCCCAGGCGUCCGCCAUACGCUCGGCCAUUACUCAGCUGCUCAGAGAGAGAGAUGGACUCGGCCAGAGCUGAGAGCACAUCCAAUGAGGAGACCUGCGUGGAGCUGGAACACCUCAUAGACACAUAGACUUGGCCAAACUGGACCAACAAGUACUGCUCUCCUGUUAAUCUAGUUAUCUAGUUUGUUCUAGUAACAGAACAGAAGGAUGGAGGGAGAAGGACUGAGCCAUGCUUCCUUUAAUGACUGUUUUACAGUUAACUGGGGACAGAGCUUGACUUCAGGAAGCCUCGACUGACCCCAAUCAAGCUGUGCGUGCUCCCCCUAAACUCACCAUUCGAUUGCUUUAUCGUUGCAUCUCGUUCUUUUCCCCCCCCUCUCCUCUCUUCUGGUGAUUAUUUAGCCUCAGCUGCUGCUCUACUUCUCUUUUUCCACAUUAGGAUGGCGAGGCCAAGAUUGAGGGAAACCCAAUUUGGGGGCAGAAAUGGGGGAUUAGAGCCGUUGUUUAAUCUCGGACAGACUUGUGCUGUGCCACAGAGUCCUCACUACGCACUAACAACCCGACCCACCCGCCUGCUUGCCCACCCUUCAAUUCAUCCAUCAGUUUAUCUUAGAUGGUCCUUGAAAUGUUUUGUAACUAAUGGAUUCGAUGAGUGUUUUUUUUCUCUCUCUCUCUCUCUCUCUCUUCCUUCCUAACCAGAGGGCUAUAAUCCCCCAUGGAUUUAAAUGAAAUGUGAAAUGUCACAAUGCCAGGGACCCUUUUAGAGGUGUGUGUGUGUGUGUGUGUUUAUGUGUGCGCCCAUGCUUGCAUGUGUGUUGAUCUGUGUUUGCAUGUCUACAUGUGUGCGUGUGUGAACAUGCUUAAAUCUCCACCCGAGCCUUUUUCCUGCCAGAGCUGCUUUCAAACGUAGUCGAUAAACAGAUCGGGACACUGAAAAGCAAAGUGCUUUGAUCAUCAUGCACAGGAGAACCAAAUCAUGCACACUCCAGGGGCGCACGUUGACACGCACAACUGUCAGCUCUCAGGAAAAUGGACUCUUUGCCCUGUGUUUACCUGUAAGACAGUGAUGAUGCAAACUCGGCGUACGGACCAGAAGCGCUCGUCUUUGACGUGCCCUAGGGAUCACAAACCGUACGUUCACGUGAAUGCUGGUGCCGAUGCUAAUAAGCCUUGUGGCGUGAAAUGCGUCAAGCAGAGGUCAGCCCGGUGCGUCGCCGUAAGCUGCAUGAACCACCGCCUGAAGGAGCCGGCUGUCUGAGAUACCACUAGAGAGCAAAGGACAGCAAGUGCAUGUGUAGUUUUCUCAGAAUGUAAUCUGGCCUUUCUGUUUGCAGGCCUGGUUAGCAGCUGUCAGCUGGCUGGAUGAUGAGAUUCAACCUGCUGCAGCACAGAUGGUUUGGUUUUGUCAUAAAAAAAAAAGGGAAAACUGUAACUCUACCUUCUACAGAUUAAGAUAUUACAAUAAAGACUUAUUUUUAUAUAUUAUGGACCUCUUUCCACAGUAGACUCGGCCUUUUUGGGGAACAAAUAUCUAUCCACAAUAAAUCUCUAUAUAUUUGUUAAAUUGAA